AUGGCCUUCCGCUACCUCAUCCCUCUGUGCGCCCUGCUGGCCUGUGCCAACGCCGGUCUCCUGGCCAGCCAUGUGGCCAUUGCCAAUCCCUCGGUGGAUGCCGUUGCCUCCACUCAGCAGGAUGUGGUGAGGUCCUUUGCCGGCACCGUUUCCAGCUACUCCAAGGCGGUGGACACGCCGUACUCGAGUGUGCGAAAGAGCGACACCAGGAUCCAGAACAAUGUCUAUACUCCGGCCAUUGCCAAGACCACUUAUGCCGCGCCGCUGUACACUCAGGCCACUCCCAUUGUGGCCAAGACCCUGGUCAAUGCUCCGGCUCCGGUUGUUGAGAAGACUGUCUACGCUGCUCCUGCUCCAGUUUACGCUGCUCAUGCUCCCGUGGUAGCCAAGGCUGUGUACUCUGCUCCUGCUCCGGUUUUGGCCAAGACUGUGUAUGCUGCUCCCGCUCCUGUGGUGGCCAAGACUGUCUACUCUGCUCCUGCCCCAGUUCUGGCCAAGACUGUCUACUCUGCUCCUGCCCCAGUUCUGGCCAAGACUGUGUACUCCGCUCCUGCUCCAGUUUACGCUGCUCCUGCUCCAGUGCUUGCCAAGACCGUGUACUCUGCUCCCGUUCCAGUGGUCACCAAGGCUGUGUACUCUGCUCCUGCCCCAGUCUAUGCUGCUCCUGCUCCCGUUCUGGCCAAGACCGUGUCGUAUGCCGCUCCCCUGGCCACCACCAAUGUGAACCAUGGACCGGCCGCCACCACCUACACCCAUAACGCUCCCGCCCUGGGCGUGUCCAGCUAUGGCACCUCCCAGACGGUCCACUACUCGCCCGCCGAGAGCGUGUCGCACAUGAGCUUCGACGGAUUCGGAACCCACUGGGGUUUCUAA